CCCAGCCGACGAGGCAGCAAUUACGCUUUGGGGAUAAAACGAGGCGCGGAGAACAGGCUGGGGCAUUUCUCCCCGAGAUGGCGGGUCUGACAGCGGCAACCCCGCGGCCUGGAGUCCUGCUGCUCCUUCUGUCCAUCCUCCACCCCUCGAAGCCUGGAGGGGUCCCAGGGGCUGUUCCUGGUGCGGUUCCCGGAGGAGUCUAUUAUCCAGGGGCUGGACUUGGAGGCCUAGGCGGAGGAGCACUGGGGCCUGGAGGAAAGCCGCCCAAGCCAGGUGCUGGACUCCUUGGCACAUUCGGGGCAGGUCCUGGAGGGCUUGCAGGUGGUGGCCUUGGUGCAGGCCUCGGAGCCUUCCCUGCUGGCACCUUUCCGGGGGCUCUGGUGCCUGGUGGAGCUGGCACUGCUGCAGCCUAUAAAGCAGCCAAGGCUGGUGCUGGGCUCGGGGCUGGUGGAGUCGGCGGUGUUGGUGGAGUUGGAGGCUUGGGAGUGUCUACAGGUGCGGUGGUGCCUCAGCCCGGAGCUGGAGUUGGAGUUGGAGCUGGAGCAAAACCUGGGAAAGUGCCUGGUGUGGGGCUCCCAGGUGUAUACCCAGGUGGAGUGCUCCCAGGCACAGGAGUUCGGUUCCCUGGUGUCGGAGUGCUUCCUGGGGUUCCCACUGGAACAGGAGUUAAGCCCAAAGCUCCAGGUGGAGGUGGAGCCUUUGCAGGAAUCCCAGGGGUUGGGCCUUUUGGGGGUCAGCAGCCUGGAGUUCCGCUAGGGUACCCCAUCAAGGCACCCAAGCUGCCAGGUGGCUAUGGCCUGCCCUACAGCACCGGGAAACUGCCCUAUGGCUAUGGGCCUGGAGGAGUAGCCGGUGCAGGUGGCAAGGCUGGCUACCCGACAGGGACAGGGGUUGGUUCCCAGGCUGCAGCAGCGGCAGCUAAAGCAGCAAAAUAUGGUGCUGGAGGAGUCGGUGUCCUCCCUGGUGUUGGAGGGGUCGGCGUUCCUGGAGGGGCUGGUGCAAUUCCUGGGAUUGGAGGCAUCGCAGGGGCUGGGACUCCUGCUGCGGCUGCUGCUGCAAAGGCAGCCGCGAAGGCAGCCAAGUAUGGAGCGGCUGGAGGCUUAGUGCCUGGUGCGCCAGGCUUUGGCCCAGGAGCUGGAGUUCCUGGAGUCGGAGUCCCAGGAGUCGGGGUCCCAGGAGUUGGGAUCCCAGGUAUCGGGGGAGUAGGGGUCGUGUCACCAGCUGCAGCAGCUGCUGCUAAAGCAGCCUCCAAAGCAGCCAAAUACGGGGCCAGAGGUGGAGUCGGAGUUGGAGGCAUUCCCACUUACGGGGUUGGCGCUGGGGGCUUUCCAGGCUAUGGUGUUGGAACAGGAGUUGGAGGUGUCCCUGGAGCUGGCCUUUCCCCUGCAGCCCAGGCAGCGGCUGGCGCCCCAAGUAUGUUGCCCACUGAGGAUGUGUAA